AUGAUCGACAACCACUCUUCUGGAAGAUUCCCCGGUACGGAAAAAGCAUCUGGCCGACGAUUACGUAAUUGUGAUCGCGGCAUCGGGAUGUUGUUGUUCCUCUUGCUGGGGUUUCUAACCUCAGACGUUAUCGCAUGUCCUUCACAAUGUAAUUGUUCCGAAGUGACGAUAGAUUGCUCAUCAAGAGGACUUGUUUCCUUCCCGAACGAUCUACCAACAUCCACAAUAACCCUAAACCUACGCGGAAAUAAUAUCGGAAGAAUAUCGGUGGAUGAUGUGAAGGGUUUGCAACAUCUGGAAACUUUAAUAGUUAGCGAGAAUAAAAUUAGAACAAUUGAUGAGAAUUUUCUCGAUUUUCUACCGCUAUUGCGACGAGUGAGUUUUGCACGAAAUAAACUGCGAGUGAUUCCAUCGCUAGCUGCACAACCGUCACGUCUUGUCUCAUUAGAUCUACGACACAAUGAAAUCUCCACGAUUGAUGUUCAAGCAUUCUCUUACCUUCCACAACUAAUCCAGCUUGAUCUGGCUCACAACAAAUUACAAAGUCUUCCACAAAUGGUUUUCACAAAGAAUUCCAGGAUUGCCACAUUGAAAUUGCACAGAAAUCCAUGGAAUUGUGAUUGCAGGAUUGUCGGUCUUAGCAAAUUCAUCGUUGGAAAAUAUAAACCGAAUGAGGAAGCAAAAUGCUUUAAUCCACCUAAACUACGUGGAGUGUCUCUUCACAAGAUCACCGGAAAAGAGGUAUCGUGCGCUACUCCAACCGUGUUCGAGAAAGAAUUCCAUCAUUUGCUCGAUUGCCCAUCGCUAGGCGGUGGAGAAGUUCAUUGGUUGUAUAACAACGUCGAUUUGGAUUUUUCAUCCGCUGAUUCCUAUCAGUUAAAGGAUAAUGGUUCGCUAAUCAUUCCGAAAAGCUCCUCCGCUCAUGGUUUCACCUGCACUGCCGAUUAUGGUGUCAUUCCACAAAGAACUCUACGACAAACUAGAGUGUUUAGCGGUCAUGGACCACAAUUCACUUUCAAGCCCAGAGACAGUUCCUAUAGAGAAGGAACGUCUGUGAAAUUGCACUGUGAAGUUAUUGGUGAACCUAAGCCAACUAUCACAUGGUACUAUAAAAGACAGCCAAUAAUAAACUCCAGAAAAUAUGAACUGACGAAUGCUAACUCUAUCCUGAAGAUCUAUCCAUUUCUGGAGGGCGACGUUGGAAGCUACACAUGUAUGGCAUCAAAUAUUCAUGGACAAAUCCAACAUACGGCAAGGCUUCAUCUAGUAAGCAGUAUUCCACCGAACAUCUACGAUGGUCCCUCACCACAAACCGUUCGAUUGGGUCAACAGGUUACGUUCACGUGCCGUGCACGAGGAGUCCCGAGACCUGAAAUCACGUGGUUCUUUGAGGGAUCAAUUAUUCCUCAUAUUAAAGGACGUUUUAUGGUUUCAGAUGACGGUAACGAGCUGACCAUUAAUCGAGUAACUCGACAGGAUGAGGGAGUCUAUUCGUGUAUGGCCGGGAACAGCGUCGGCGCUAUGAUGGCCGACGCAAAACUGAUCGUUGAAGGCGACUUUGGACGGACUGUUGACACAUUUAUCGAUGACGCAACUUUGCAGAAUAUCGCAUUUCAGGCUAGGGAAAAUGUUAAUAGAGCCGUCAAUAACACUCGUACAAUAUUAACACAGGAUCGGGUCUCUGAUCCGGAAGAUCUCAAGAAAUUAUUCCGAUUCUCGAUUCCUACACAGGCAGUAGAGCUCAGUAAAGCUCGAGAUAUUUAUGAAGAAAGUGUUCGACUUGUUCAGGAACACAUACAAAAAGGUCUUCGCCUUCCCGUUGAUAAACUCGCACCAAAUGUUUCCUAUGAAGCUGUACUGGCACCGUCUCAUGUUCAAACCCUUAUGGAAUUAUCCGGAUGCCAAACGGGACAAUUUAAAACCGCAUGCACGGAUAUGUGUUUUCACAGUAAAUACAGGUCCUAUGAUGGUCAGUGCAAUAAUUUCGAUCACCCAAUGUGGGGUGUCUCGCAGAUGCCGUUGCUACGUCUCCUGCCGCCCAUCUACGAGAACGGCUUCAGCACUCCGGUUGGAUGGGAGAAGGGCCGUCUUUACUACGGAUAUCCUAAACCGAAUCCUAGAGAUGUCUCUCGCCUACUAGUGGCUACAGAAUCGAUAACUCCACAUUCGUAUCUUUCGGCUAUGGUGAUGCAAUGGGGACAGUUUGUAGAUCAUGACAUCACUCAUACUCCAAUGGCAUUAUCGCGUCAGAGUUACGCUUCGGGUGCUAUUUGCAACAAAACUUGCGAGAAUUUGGAUCCAUGCUUCAAUAUUCCGCUUUCGCCGAGUGAUCCUAAGCUGCACACGGGAGUACAUAUAAAAUAUCCUUGCAUCGAAUUUGAGAGAAGUGGUGCCGUAUGUGGAAGCGGUGAGACGUCGCUAAUCUUCCAACGAGUAACGUACAGGGAUCAAAUGAAUAUUAUCACUUCUUACCUGGAUGGAUCUGCUGUGUAUGGCAGCACAGAGAUCCAAUCAUUGGAACUCAGAGACUUGUUUGGAGAUCACGGCCUGCUUCGUUUUGAUAUCGUUUCAACUGGUCAAAAACCUUACCUACCCUUCGAAAGGGACUCGGACAUGGAUUGUAAGCGUAAUUUCUCGCAAGAAAACCCUAUACGAUGUUUCUUAGCCGGGGAUCUACGGGCUAAUGAACAGUUGGGAUUGACCGCGAUGCAUACACUUUUCCUACGUGAACACAAUCGAAUUGCUGCGAAACUUCUGGAAAUAAAUGUGAACUGGGAUGGAGAGACGAUCUAUCAAGAGACGAGAAAAAUUGUCGGCGCCAUCAUACAACAUAUCACCUACAACGAAUGGCUACCAACUGUCCUUGGAAAGACCGGUUACAAUGAGAUGAUUGGCGACUACACCGGUUAUAAUCCACAUGUGAAUCCUUCAAUAGCGAACGCUUUCGCGACUGCAGCAUUUAGAUUUGGCCACACGCUGAUCAAUCCCACAUUGUUCCGCUUGGAUAAAGAUUUCAAUACCAUCAAGGACGGACAUAUUCCUCUUCACAAGGCCUUCUUUGCUCCUGAACGUUUACUUUCGGAAGGUGGCAUUGACCCACUACUAAGGGGUCUUUUCGCUUCACCACUUAAACUACCAAAGUCCAAUCAAAUGCUUAAUAUGGAACUUACGGAAAAGCUUUUCCACCACUUCCAUGAGGUAGCCUUGGAUCUAGCUGUUAUGAACAUACAACGAGGACGCGACCAUGGACUACCGGGGUACAUUGAAUAUCGCCGAUUCUGCAACAUGUCAGUGCCGGAAACAUGGGAUGAUCUGGCCGCGGAUAUUCCGGAUUCCUCCGUACGAGCGAAGCUUCGAGGGCUUUACGGUCAUCCAGCAAAUAUUGACUUGUGGGUUGGUGGAGUUGCUGAGCAGCGAUUACCUGAUGCUUUAAUGGGUCCCACAUUCGCAUGUAUUAUUGGUGAUCAGUUCCGAAGGCUUCGGGAAGGCGAUCGCUUCUGGUACGAAAACGAGGGGGUUUUCACGAAAUUACAACUUCAACAGAUCAAAAAAGUCUCUCUCGCUCGCCUAUUUUGUGACAACGGAGACAGUAUCGAUCGAGUACAACCGAAUGUUUUCUUCUAUCCGGGCAAUUCGACCAGACAUUAUGGAAAAUGUGAAAAUAUCCCGGAAAUUAAUUUGAAUAUGUGGAUGAAUUGUUGUGAUUCAUCGUGUACUACGUUGCCACCACCAAGCAGAAAACGUCGCGCACAUCAUCAUUGUGAUGUGAAUGGGGAGCAACGGAUGGAUGGCGAACAUUGGGAACCGACUGACGAAAAAUGCACCACCUGUAAAUGUGAGCACGGCCAAGUAUGGUGUUCGGUUCGAGAAAAAUGCCAUAAUUAA